AUGUCUUGGCUCUCUAAAUCUCGCAGCGAUGAUCCCGAACCUUCAUCUCCCUCCGGCACCAGCCAUGGAGGUGGUGUCAAAGAAGAUCUCUCUUCCCUCGGUCUGACCAUCGGUCGCCAGCUCCGUGGCGUUGCAGCUUUCCUAGCGCCGCCUCCUUCCCCACCGUCCGAUCCAGUAAAAGAACGCCUUUCGACGGAUUCGCCAACGCAGCUUGCAAUACUCGGGAUCCGGAACGAUCUAGCCGAGAUUGGUGGAAAAUUCAAGACUGGAAUAUCCAAUUUCGCAUCGAAUCUGCUUCAGUUUCCUAGUAAUAUCUACGAAGGUGACAGAGACAGUCGAAGAUCUCGAUUUGAUAAUGAUCAAUUUGAUAGAGUACCUGGGAUUUCUGAAGAAGUUUUGGAUUUCGCUAUUAAAAUCUCGAGUAGACCAGGUUGCUGGACAGAUUUUCCUUUGUCACUCAAGACUGAAUUUGAGUUGUCUGCGGCUCAAAGAGCACAUGCAUCUGCCAUUGAACAUCUGGUUCCUGGCAUUGCAGCUGUGAAGAAUGAAGUCAGCAGUUGCAUGGAUAAUGAACAUUUUUGGCUGAUAUACUUUAUUUUACUGAUGCCGAGACUCAAUGGACAUGAUUUUGAGCUUUUAGCAACCUGCAAGGUAUUUGAAACAAGGGAUCAACUUUUACUAAAGCUGCAAAAUAAGGAGAUAGCUGGGUCAAGCCCGAGCUCUGUUAGUCAUGAAAGCAGUAGGGAAACCGAAACCGUGGAGGGGGUCAUUGACAAUAUGGAGGCUCUGAAAUUUGAGCAGAGAGAGACAAGUGAUGAAUCAUCUGAAGAAAGACGGAGAAGUUUCAGGGAUGAAGAAGAGAUCAUCUCCUUCAGUGAUUUAGAUGUAGACGAUCUCUCUGAGAAGCCAUGUUCCAACAGGAGUAGUACACUGAAAAGGCGAGCAUCAAACGCAAGCGGUUCAAGCGACUGGGUUCAGCUUAACAGGGGUCAAGGUGGACACAGCAAGGACUCAGAAGGUGAUUCUAGUGACUGGCUUCCAAUCGGCGAUUCUGACUAACGUUUUAAGGUACUAUUGGAUAUUACUGUAAAGUGAAGUGUUAGCAAUGACUGUUGAACGAAAGUACGUGGUGUUUUUUUCUACACCCAUGCACAUUUACAUAUUAAUAAAAAUCUCACUGUGUAGUAUGGAGAGGCUACGUGGUGUUUUUUUUCUA